GCAGUCACAUGACUCACAUCACAUAGCCCAGUCAAAAAGGCAGACACCACCAUCUCUCUUCAAACCAAACACCACCACCUACUCCACCACUCAAAUUGCCACCCAAUCCCCCACCCCUCCUCCUCCUCUAUCCUCCCCCCCCCCCCCAUCUCCAACCCCCUCCAAACCCACCACCAUGAAGAAAACCGACAAAAAAUUCUCACUUCCACUCCUCCUCCUCCUCACCCUCACCCUCUCCCCCACCACCACCACUUCCACCGAAGACGACAUCAAGUGCCUCCAAGGCAUCAAACUCUCCCUCUCUGACCCACUCCACAAGCUCUCCUCAUGGUCCUUCACCAACACCUCCGCCGACCACACCUGCACGCACCUCACCGGCGUCUCCUGCUGGAACCAGCAAGAAACCCGCCUCAUCGCCCUCAAGCUCCCCGGCCUCGGCCUCGCCGGAACCCUACCGGAAUCCCUCCGCUUGUGCCGCAGCCUCCAGAACCUCGACCUCUCCGGUAACGCCCUCUCCGGCCCCAUCCCCAUCCAUAUCUGCACGUGGUUGCCUUAUUUAGUAACCCUAGAUUUAUCAACCAAUCGCUUCUCCGGUCCCGUCCCGAGCUCGCUCGCCCAAUGUGCGUUUUUAAAUGAUCUCAUUUUGAAUGAUAAUCUGCUUUCCGGUUCGGUUCCGUAUGAGUUGGGCCGGUUAGACCGGCUCAAGAAGUUCUCGGUCGCGAACAACCUGCUAUCCGGUUCGAUACCCUCGGAUUUGUCGAGGUUUUCGGACGAAGUGUUUGUUGGGAACAAGGGUUUAUGUGGGAAACCUAGCGGGAAUAAGUGUGGGAGAUUGAGUACUAGGAGUUUAGUGAUUAUAAUUGCUGCAGGGGUGUUGGGUGCAUUUGGGUCUUUGGUUUUAGGGUUUGGGAUUUGGUGGUGGUUUGUGGUGAGUUCAAAAGGGAAGAAGAAAAGAGGGUAUGGUUUGGAAGAUGAAAAGAGUGGUUGGGUUGAGAGAUUGAGAGCUCAUAGGCUUGUGCAGGUGUCUUUGUUUCAAAAACCCAUUGUGAAAAUCAAGUUGUCUGACCUACUUGCUGGUACUAACAGUUUUGAUUCGGAAAACAUUGUUGUUGCGGCGAAAACAGGGGUUUCGUAUAAGGCGUUGUUGGCGGAUGGGUCGGCGUUGGCGAUUAAGCGAUUGAGUGGUUGUAGGCUUAGCGAGAAGCAGUUUCGGUCGGAGAUGAAUAGGUUAGGGCAGCUCAGGCAUCCGAAUUUGGUGCCGUUGUUGGGUUUUUGUGUGGUGGAAGAUGAGAGGCUUUUGGUGUACAAGCAUAUGCCUAAUGGGACGUUGUAUUCGCUUUUGCAUGGGAGUGCGAACGGUGCUUGGAAUGGUUCGUUGGAGUGGCCAGUGAGGCUUAGGAUUGGUGUAGGUGCUGCUAGAGGCCUUGCUUGGCUUCACCAUGGGUGUCAACCCCCGUACUUGCAUCAAAACAUAAGCUCGAAUGUGAUUCUUGUGGAUGAUGAUUUUGAUGCCCGAAUAACUUAUUUCGGGAUGUCUAGGCUUGUUGGUUCGGCUGAAUUCGAUGAUAGCUCUUACGUGAAUGGGGAUUUGGGAGAGUUUGGUUAUGUGGCCCCUGAGUAUUCAAGCACGAUGAUGGCGUCAAUGAAAGGGGAUGUUUAUGGCUUUGGGGUUGUCCUUUUGGAGUUGGUGACUGGGCAGAGGCCUCUGGAAGUGAGUAAUGGCGAGGAAGGGUUCAAAGGGAAUUUGGUGGAUUGGGUUAGUCAGCUCUGUGCAACCGGUCGAAGCAAGGAUGCCAUAGAUAGGUCUCUUUGCGGAAGAGGCUAUGAUGAGGAGAUAAUGCAAUUGCUCAAGGUUGCUUGUACUUGCGUUGCUUCUAGGCCGAAAGAUAGGCCUUCUAUGUACAGUGUUUAUCAGACACUCAAGAACUUGGCAGAGGAACACGGAUUCUCUGAACAAUUUAAUGAUUUUCCUUUGGACUUAGGAAAGCAAGAUCCUGACCACAAGGAUUAGCUUUCACAAAAUUUGUUUCCAAUAUUGAGGGGUUGUAGCAGUUUGGCAUCUCUGUGCGUUUUGGAAAGCUUUAUACAACGAAACGGAAAGCUUUCCAGUUUCCAAUUUCAACUGAAAGCUUUAUCAGUAGCCUUUUACUUCCUGCGAUAAUAGUGUAACUGUCAUUCUUCCAAGAGGUGCCUCUAUAGUUUGUAAGAUGGUUGGUCAUUAGUUUACGUUGAAGAUCACGCUUGAACUUGUAAUGCAAUAUCACUUCGAUGUUGUACAAAUCUGGCGCCUCUUUUUAGUUUGGUUUGUUAUUUUGUGUGCUAGUUCUUGUUAUUGGCAUCUCUUACUUAUUCAAGGUUACUCUUCCUAGUUUAGGUUGAAUACAGUUAAUACGUGGUCGUAUUAACUUAUCCUCGAGUUCCACAAGCAUCUGGUAAAAAUUCUAACAUCAGUCAUCAGUGUUUAGGGAUUUUUAUUUCAUAUGCUUGUGAUAUCAUAUACUCUAUGUAAUUUGUUCCACACUAUUAUGAAAUACUAGACUAUGAUGGCUAUUGUUCUCACAAA